AUGUACAAACCGCCGUACUUUCCAAACCCCAGACUUUCUGGGUGUGCGAGCCGUUACACCGCUAGGCCGUUAGCCAUAGCUGGCGAAGGUAGGGUGAAGGCGGCCCGCGUGGUUGGGUAUAGCCUUCGCCCAAAAAGAUGUGGCUCAAGAAAUCACAUUAUACAUGACCUAGUCCUGAAUCGAACAGAGUGUCUCUGGCUGAGGAUUACACUCCCAAAUUGCAUAUUCUCCAGAUGUGUGAGCCGUUACACCGCUAGGCCGUUGUCUAUGGCUGACGAAGAUCGGGUAAAGUCGAGAUUAGGUGUAGGAUUUGUCCGUAAAAGGAUUGACACACUGGUGACACAUUUACGACCUAGUCCGGAAUCGAACAGGAUCUCUCUGGCUGAAGUCAGCAUAUGUACUUCUAAUAUUCUCCAGAUGUGCGCACCGUUACACUACUAG